AUGCAGAACUCAGUGAACAGUAGCUUGGACAUUAAUCAGUUGAUGAACUUUUCAAGAAUUUUUAUGCAGAAGGUUAUGAUGGUGCAGAUCCUGGUGGGGAUUUUCUUCUAUGUGAACUGUCUGAUGAUUUUCACCUUUCUGAAAAAAAACAUGUUCAGGGAGGACACUCGCUACAUUUUGUUUGCACAAACCUUAUUGGUAGACUCUGUUCUUAUGGUAAUUAGUGAUGUAAUGUUGAUUUGGAAUAACUACAUGUAUCUUAUUCACAUGAUUCCUUGUAUUAUCAUCUGUACAAUUGUAACUGCUUUCACCAUUUGUACUCCACUGACUCUUGUGGCAAUGUGUCUGGAGCGCUAUGUUGCUAUAUGCAUGCCUUUAAGACAUGCUGACAUCUCUACCAGCAGAAACAGAUUCUUUGGACUUCUUAUUAUAUGGGGUAUCAGCUCCAUAGUUCCACUGUUCACUUUGGUAGCAUAUUUGUCUGUGGUUCCUCCAAGCAGUCUGUUCUCCUAUGAUGUGUGCAGUGUGGAAUUAAUGUUAGGAGAAGAGUGGCAGGCACAGACGCGGGUUACAAUUUUGCAGCUUCUUUUUCUCCUCAUGAUCAUUAUAAUUGUCUUCACCUACAUCAAGAUAAUGACCGCAGCCAGAGCCGCCUCCUCUGACAAUAAGAAAUCAACCAACAAGAGUCUUAGAACUGUGAUCCUUCAUGCUUUUCAGCUGUUUCUCUGUAUAAUGCAGUUUUUAAGCCCAUAUAUAGAAAUGGUAUUUCUAAAGAUAAAUGUGUCAGUAUAUGGUCAUUUGAGAUAUGCUGAUUUUGUUAUCUUCAUUAUUGCACCGCGUUGCUUAAGUCCAUUAAUUUAUGGACUCAGGGAUGAAAAGUUUUUUCAUGCUUUAAAACAUCAUGCUUUGUGUGGUCUUGACAGAUUUUUCUCAACAUUGUUCAAAUUCAAUCAGUGGAAAAUAAGACCGAUCCAAACUAAAGCACUUUAG